UGUAUGUAUUUUGUACGCCUGCCCAUCGGAGAGUGCGCUUGCGCAGUGACAGGACGCGUGUGUGGUGGGUGUGUGUAAUCAAAGAAAGGAUUCCAGAUUGCAAAGUGCUCUGCAGGUGUGAAUUAAUUAUUUUUGUCAAAAAUGUCCUGGCUGUUCGGCUGGAGAAGGGGGCAGUCCGCUCCACCACCUGAUUCUUCUGAAACACCGUCAACUCCUCAGGCAGAGGGGGGUUCGGGGGGAAAUGGAGACGAUAAACCCAAGGACAAAUGGAGCAACUUCGACCCGACUGGACUGGAACGAGCUGCACGGGCGGCCAGAGAACUGGACAAGUCCCAACAUGCAAAGGAGGCGCUGGAUAUGGCCCGACUGCAAGAGCAGACGCUGCAGAUGGAGCACCAGAGCAAGCUGAAGGAAUAUGAAGCCGCUGUGGAACAGCUGAAGGGGGAACAGAUCCGCUCCCAGGGGGAGGAGCGGCGAAAGACCAUCGCCGAGGAGACCAAACAGCAUCAGGCAAGGGCACAGUACCAAGACAAACUAGCCAGGCAGAGGUACGAGGAUCAGUUAAGGCAACAGCAAGCCAUCAACGAGGAGAGCCUGCGCAAGCAGGAAGAAUCCGUGCAGAAACAGGAAGCCAUGAGGAAAGCAACGAUCGAGCACGAGAUGGAGUUGCGGCACAAGAACGAACUGUUGCGCGUGGACGCGGAGUACAAAGCGCGCGCCCGCGUGGAGCGGGAGAACGCGGACAUCAACCGCGAGCAGAUCCGUCUGAAAGCUGCCGAACACCGUCAGACUGUCCUGGAGUCCAUUCGGACCGCUGGUGCUGUGUUUGGGGAAGGUUUUCGAGCCUUCGUGUCGGACUGGGACAAAGUCACAGUGACGGCGGCUGGCCUAACCCUGCUGGCGGUGGGCGUGUACUCCGCCCGGAACGCCACCGCCGUGGCAGGGCGCUAUAUCGAGGCCAGGCUGGGGAAGCCCUCGCUGGUCAGAGAGACGUCCAGGAUCACCGUGGGGGAGGCCAUCAAACACCCCGUGAAGGUGACAAAGCGGGUGAUGAGUAAGCCAGAGGAUGCCCUAGAGGGAGUGGUGCUCAGUCCACCUCUGGAGGAACGGGUGCGCGACAUCGCCAUAGCGACCCGGAACACUCGGAAGAACCGCGGCCUCUACCGGAACAUUCUCAUGUACGGCCCGCCCGGCACCGGCAAGACCCUCUUUGCCAAGAAGCUGGCGUCGCACUCGGGCAUGGACUACGCCAUCAUGACCGGGGGGGACGUGGCGCCCAUGGGGCGGGACGGCGUCACCGCCAUGCACAAGGUCUUCGACUGGGCCAGCACCAGCCGCCGCGGAGUCCUGCUCUUCGUAGACGAAGCCGACGCGUUCCUACGGAAACGAGCCACUGAGAAGAUCAGUGAAGACCUCAGGGCCACACUGAACGCGUUCCUCUACCGCACAGGAGAGCAGAGCAACAAGUUUAUGCUAGUGCUAGCUAGUAACCAGCCGGAGCAGUUUGACUGGGCGAUAAACGACCGGAUCGAUGAGAUCGUCAACUUCGCCCUGCCGGGGCCCGAGGAACGGGAGAGACUGGUGCGGCUGUACUUCGACCGUUAUGUGCUGGGGCCUGCCACCGGAGGGCGCCAGAGACUGAAACUGGCCAAGUUUGACUACGGGGAAAAGUGUUCGGAGAUUGCCCAGCGGGUCGAAGGCAUGUCCGGCCGAGAAAUCUCCAAACUGGGCGUGGCCUGGCAGGCGGCAGCGUACUCUUCGGAGGACGGGGUCCUGACGGAGGCCAUGAUUGACGCGCGGGUGGUGGACGCCGUGCAGCAGCACCUGCAGAAGAUGGACUGGCUGCAGAGGGAGGGGGGCCCCGAGAGCGGGGGCAAGGUCGGCAUCACGCUGCCCAGGGAGGGGGGCGCCCCGGGGGGGCAGAUGGGCUUCGCGGCGGCCCCGGGAGGGGUCCCGCUGGCCCAGGAGGCGCUGGAGAGCGAGGCGGGGGUCGCGCUGCCUCAGGAGGCGGUGAUCCCUCUGGUCCAGGCGGCCAUUCCACUCAUCAAAGAGGCUGAAGCUGAGGCAGCCCCCAUUGUAGCUGAAGCUGAAGCAGUCCCCGUUGUAAAGGAGGCUGAAGCUGAGGCAGCCCCCGUUGUUGCAGAAGCUGAGGCAGCUCCUGUUGUUGCUGCAGCUGAAGCAGCCCCCGUUGUUGCAGAAGCUGAGGCAGCCCCUGUUGUUGCUGAAGCUGAAGCAGCCCCCGUUGUUACAGAAGCUGAGGCAGCCCCUGUUGUAGCUGCAGCUGAAGCAGCCCCCGUUGUUGCAGAAGCUGAAGCAGCCCCCGUUGUUGCAGAAGCUGAGGCAGCUCCUGUUGUUGCUGAAGCUGAGGCAGCCCCUGUUGUAGCUGAAGCUGAAGCAGCCCCCGUUGUUGCAGAAGCUGAAGCAGCUCCUGUUGUAGCUGAAGCUGAGGCAGCCCCUGUUGUAGCUGAAGCUGAGGCAGCCCCUGUUGUAGCUGAAGCUGAGGCAGCCCCUGUUGUUGCUGAAGCUGAGGCAGCCCCUGUUGUAGCUGCAGCUGAGGCAGCUCCCAUUGUUGCAGAAGCUGAGGCAGCCCCUGUUGUAGCUGAAGCUGAGGCAGCUCCCGUUGUUGCAGAAGCAGAGGCAGCCCCUGUUGUAGCUGAAGCUGAGGCAGCUCCCAUUGCAGCAGAAGCUGAGGCAGCCCCUGUUGUAGCUGAAGCUGAGGCAGCUCCCGUUGUUGCUGAAGCUGAGGCAGCCCCCAUUGUAGCUGAAGCUGAGGUUGUAAGGGAAGCAGAAGCUGAGGCAGCUCCUGUUGUAGCUGAAGCUGAGACAGCCCCCAUUGUAGCUGAAGCUGAGGCAGCCCCUGUUGUAAAGGAGGCAGAAGCUGAGGCAGCCCCCGUUGUAAAGGAGGCUGAAGCUGAGGCAGCCCCCGUUGUAGCUGAAGCUGAGGCAGCCCCCAUUGUUGCUGAAGCUGAGGCAGCCCCCAUUGUAAAGGAGGCAGAAGCUGAGGCCGCCCCUGUUGUAAAGGAGGCAGAAGCUGAGGCAGCCCCCGCAGCGAAGGAGGCCGAGGCAGAGGCUGCUCCUCCUCAGGGGGACGGCGGCGCACCAGCAGAUCAGGCCGCCGCUAAAGACUCCGCCUCCUCAGAGGACACCGUCCCGCCCGCGGAGGGAGGCACAGAUAGCGGAAGCAAGGCCGAGAGCCCUGCACUCAAGGACAAGGACCCGAAAAAGCAGACGGACGCAGGGAGCGGCCCUAAGGAUGGGACGCCUGUGUAGCGGGUGGAGGGAAAUGGCUGCUUUGGGCUAGGCGGGGGUCGGAUGGGAUUAGGUGGGCCUGGUAAAGGAAAUGAAAUCUGUAGUGCGGUGGUGGGUUUGCCUGUGGGUUCCUGUGAUUAAAAUACUGUUGUUA